AUGGCACCCUCAGCCCCCUUCAACCCUCCAUCUGCCGACCUUGCUGGCAAGCCCUUUGUGCCAACAUGGGUUCCUCCUCCAGUCACUCAGCAAAAGGAGAACUUUGCCGAGCUCAGCUCCAUUGAUCUCUCUUUGAUGGACUCAGAAGACCCUGCGGUUGUUGAAAAGCUUGUGCAGCAGGUCAAGGUGGCUAUUCGUGAUGAUGGCUUCUUGUUCCUUGAGAACUACGGAAUCUCCCUAGAACAGCUUCACCGCCAAUUCUCCCUCGCCCAAUAUCUAUACCACAACAUCAGCGAAGAGGACAAGGAGCGCCUUCUUUUCAACCCAGAGACCGGCGAAUGGUCCGGGUACAAGCACCCAUUCGGAUUCAAGCGUAACCGUGGACCCGAAGAUGGCAUCGAGCAGUUCAACUGGUACAAGCCUGACUGGAGCGACAUCAACCGUGUGCCUUCAUGCCUGCACCCCUUCAUGGACGAGAUCGAGGAGUUCUGCAACUACCUGACGAAGUCCGUGAACCGACGUCUCCUCACACUCUUCUCUCGCGUCCUCGAAUUGCCCGAUGAUUACCUUUGGGACAACGUUCAGUCCCACGGUAGCCCUACUGGCGAGGGAUACUUCCGCCACGCACUUUUCCGUCCCGUUCAGAAGAAGACCCAAGAAGCUUCCAAGGGCCUGCGCAUGCACGGCCACACCGACUUCGGUCUGACUACACUUCUGUUCUCUGUUCCCAUCUCAUGUCUCCAGAUCUGGGGCCGUGAUGAGAAAUGGUACUACGUGCCUUACAAGCCCGGUGCUCUUGUCAUUAACAUUGGUGAUACUUUGGAGAUUGUUUCCGGUGGUCACUUCAAGGCUACUCGUCACCGUGUCUACAAGCCCCCUGUUGAUCAGCUGGAUCAGGAGCGUCUCUCAUUGGUGCUGUUCAACAGCUCUCUUGGUGAUUUACGCAUGGGCCCUGCUACAUCUUCACCUCUUAUCCAACGAGAAGGAUGCAUCGAGGAGCAAGGUGUUUACAAGGAGUUCAAGAACCUCACUUCUCAAGGAAAGCUGGUUCCCACCAACAAGCAAUGGCGCGAGAUUCAGAUCGCCACUGCUACCGACCCUACCGACCAGGUUCGCAACAGUGUUGGUGCCGACCAAGUCCUUAUUGAUGGCAAGAUUAUGCACCAGCGAGAGUACAUGGGUGUGAAGGUUGUUUUGCCCGUUUAA